AGAGAAAUAGAGUCUGAGAGGUCAUCUGCCUCAUGGAAGCAAUCGCAAAUCUGAAGAAGCGCUUUUUAAUCCAGGUUGUAGUCGUUUGGAAACCCUGUGCAGAAUGUCCUGGAGAUGGCUGUACUUGGAGCAAAUGCUGGGUGCGCCUCUGGGCCCCUGCUCUCACUAAUUGCAUGUUCAUUCAUUUUUGUUGUCACAUAUACUUCAGUUCAGUUUUGUCUUGCCAAAGUAAAUUUAACUGAAUGUAAAGUUGUUUGAAGAGUGUAGCAGAUUGACACAUAGAUCGAUACAAUUGCAUUACGCGAGACUAGCAUGCAUUCAUUGGUGAGUCAAAGACCUAUAAUUAUACCAAAACAACAACCCUACACAUUGUCAAUUUAAUAUCUGUAUAUACCCGUAUCCUCCUAGAGGAGCCCCAAUACCAUCACAGAUAAUCAUGCUAACAUGCACAGAGCAACUGUCCUAUUUGCAAAAAAAAUAUUAACUUAAGUUAAAAUCAACAAACAUCCACUUAUAUAUAAUUAUAGUGAAACAUAAUCAGUUAUGGUGAAGGUUAAGGCAUGUUAUAUAAUUAUGGCCCAACAUUAACAGCAUAUGGGAAGAGCUGGCUGUAUACAAAGUAACAGGAGCAAGGUUAUAGAGAUAAAGUAAGUCUUAACCCUUUAACCGUCGGAUUCUUAAUUAACAGUGAAGUGAAAUGUUUGUAAAUUCUCUAUCGGGUUUCCAGAGCAAUAAAAUGCCUAGCAACCAUAUACCAAUAGAAUGCCCAUACAACAAGGAAUAAAAUGGUGCAACAUGUGUUGCCAUAACAACCAUGGUUAUUACGCUCACCUGUUUUUAUCAUUUUAAAUGCUCGGCCAGCGGUGAGAUAAAAUCCAAAAAUUUUUUUUUAUGGAUCAGCCGGUAUAAAGGCUUGACUAAGCUUGAUUUUCACAUCAUAUGAAUGUAACAGUGCUAAGAUAUAUCAAUUUGAAGUACAAUACGUACAUGUAUUACUAUCGGUAAACGAUCUAUGAAAUUUACAAGCUCACAUAAAGACUGUUCGUUACUGCUAAUUCUAUUUUAGCUAUACUAUACUUACACUACUGAUAUUCUAGCUAUACUAUACUACUUGCCAGAGUCACACAGUGAGCCCUCUCCUGGUCUUUCACCGUCCUGGUCCAUAGCGCUAGCGUCUAGGUCCAUGUCAUGCAUGUCCUCAGUCCCAGACAGUUCAUCAGCGUCUGGCAUAAAGCUGGUAGCCUUUGGGAGGUAUCCUACUAUCCCCUCUCCUUCAUAGGCACUGUCAUCACCAGAGGAGACAUCGCCAUUGCUGUCCUCAAGCUGUUCAAGCACAUCGGCACAAGUAAACAAUCUAGCCAUAGCUAUAAACUUCGUGCAGUAAAAGAUGCUAAUAAAAUUUUAACAUAGCAACGUGGCUUGGACUAAAUUGCACGUGAUUCUACAGCUCUUCCUCUAUACAGGGAUGUGCGUAGUUCGAGCUACUUCCUAAGUAUCACAGAAUUAGAAUUUCGCAAAAAAAGUCACUAUUACGGGCCACGAUCGUGGCCCGUGACGGAACCAGGUAUAUAGUGUAAUUCCUACAACAAUAUAUAAUGUAUGAGACAAAGAAAACAGAAAAGGAGAGCCUAGGGGACUGAUGUCUCCUUCGCAAGCCCUUGUUUUUCUGUUCAUUUUGUCACAAUAGUUUAGACGAAUUCAUUUGGAGGAAGAAAGAAAAGAGGAAGAGAUAAAACCUAUUUUAAGGCGACCCUCCAAAUAUGCGACCCUAGCAAUUUUCUAACUCUAAAAGUAGCGACAGCUGCAAGACAAUUGUUUUUUAAAUAUCAUGUCCUAAAUAGAGGUAAAUGAGAGCCACACCCUAGCCUCGAUUUAUAGCCUAUAAUUAUACUAUCGAGGCAAGUAGACUAUAUUAUAGGUAGAGUUACCUAGCUCAAAUCAAAUGCGCCUAAAUAUGCGACACCAGGACUAUAACUGGAAUUAAAAGUAUCGUCUUAAAUCGAGGUCUUACAGUAGCAGGCUCUCCUCAAUCUCUUCCUUUUUUCUUUCUUUAUUCCUCCAAAUUCUCCCGUACUUUUUCUUAUUGUAUAUAGAAAAAGACUAACCGAGGCUAGCUCUAGGAUACUAAUUAUCCGCCCACGCCUCGCCCACGCAGUGUGUUAUUGCUGAGUGUAAUCAUAAUAAUUAUUAUUAGUGUAAUCAGAGGUAAUUGCUUGAGCUGCACUGCUACGUACACAUAUACUCAUUAGGUACCAGCUGUCCCGAAUUGGCCAGGACAGUCCCAGAUCAGUUAGCACCCCUGUCCCUUGUCCCGAAAAAAAAUUGCUAUUCACCUCAGAUAUCCAAGGUUGCUGAUUCUGAUGGCUGGGUUAAAUAAAGCUUAUCAAGCCUGGAACAGCUUGGAACUACUGCUAGAAUCUUCAAACAAUGAACAAAACGCAGCUUUAUACACAAGAGUUAUAGUUAGGCCACUCCAAUAAAGAACUUAGUUUCCCGUCCAGAGCGCGCAUGCUUUUCAGCUACCGUACGGGUGGAAAAUAUCGAGUGGUGUAAAAUUUCAUGCAAUUCAGAAUAUUUUGCGGGUAGUAAAUUUCGUGGAGUUAGGGUGUGGCACAUAUCUCGCAUGCGCAUACGAAGCCUUCCAUGGGUUCUAAUUUUUGUGUUCCGCAGCCACCCAUGAAAAACGCAAAAUUAUCAAAAUUUUCAUCCAUUUAUUGACCUUUGUACCCUUUUAAUAUGACAUCAUCAAGCCCCAAGGCCAUGUAGCUGCAAGCAAAAUACACUUUUUGAAUGUAAUAAAGUAUUAUAAUGAUAUUCAUAAUAAUGGAUAUAUGGUAAUGAAAAGCUCGCCCUCAUCAAAAUCCUGAGAUUUCAGGACGGGAAACUAAGUUCUUUGUUGGAGUGGCCUUCAGGGGCGGAUCCAGGGGGUGAUUUUGAGGGGCUGAAGCCCCCCCCUUUUGAAAAAACUACCUAUGUAUUGCUAGUCUGAGGUUACAACAAUUUUGCCACCAACCUUGUUACUUAUGCAUCUGCAUGUAGACUCACUGACUUAAGAGAUGCUAGACAACAGCCAAGUCUAGCUACUAAGAGUAUAAAGGAUGUAGGCUAGCUAGCUGGACAUACUAGCUAUAUAGCUAGCUAGCUAGAACUAAUAUAAAAGUGCAUAGGUCAACUAUUGCUGUUGCUGAGUCAGCUCCUUGUGCAAUGUUUGUAGCCUCGAUCAUAUCCCAGGCCUCUAGGCCUUGUGAAGGAGGCUAUAUAUUGUGCAUGCUGUUGAGCUGCAACAUGGAGGAGAUCUCAGACUUUUUCAGCUAGUUGCAAGGAAGCAGCCUUACCUCCUCUCACUCUCAGUGCAGUCUGGGUAGGCAUUGUGAUUCUUUUAUGUACCAAGACAGUGGCGUAGCCAGGAUUUUGGGAAGGGCAGGGCUCAAAUCCAUUGAGCAGGGCCAGAGCAGGCGCUGAAUAGCUUGAAAUUUUACCUAAAAAAAAAGGUCAUCACUUUUCAUCAGCAGUAAGCAUGCGCAGUAGAUGGCCCUGCCCACAUUUCCAUUGAAUGACAUCAUUCUAGUAACUAUACACAUGCAGUACAGUGCAGAAUAGAUUGACAGAUCAUAGAUGUAGGAGAGAGGGAUUGGAAACGGUAGAUUUCAAUGUACUUCACAUAUGACCUCGAUAAACAUCCGCGCCUCGCUUAAUGAGGGCUAAUCUAUUCCCCAGGAACUUCGCAGGUAACUGAGAUUAUUGCAAAUCUAGGAUUUUAUGAGUUGUCACUAGUAUUCUGUCAAGUUUUCCAGUAUCCAGUGCAACUGUGCUUUAUAUAGAUAGUGAAUAACCAUUAUUCAAGCUCUAUUUACCGUUGCAACUAUCUUCUUCAUUGAAUUUAGCAAUACCUCGCAAGCCAAAACUUACUGAGUACGCUGAAGAAAAGAAGACAGAAGAAUACCCCUCCUCUCUACACCCCUACACGUCACCGCCCUCGUAAAUGUUAUCGGCUGUUCCGGCUAUAUAUACACCCUUGUAUACCUCACCAGCUUCUCUCCAUCUAAGACUGUCUGAUUAGAGUGCUAAACUAAUCAUAAUUAUAGCUGCAUAAUAAUCAUUUUUAUCGUGUAAGUUUUUGUUAAUGUUGUUCGGUUUGAUCCCACUCGUUUUACACUUAGAAAGCAACUGGCAGUGCUGUGGAGUGUUUUUGUUGUCCCCAAGUGUAUGUAAUUAUACUUAAUGAAUUGGAAAUUGAAAUGUACGCUCACCAGCCUAGUAUAUAUAUAUAUAGUACAAUUGAUUCAUCAAAAGUGAAAACAAUAAAUUAUUAUUAAGAAAGUUACAUGGUGUAUUAUGUAUCUUGUCGUAUGAAUGAUCAUGGUUAUUGCCUCAAACUAGUGGACUUCUUGAUGGUUUUCUUUUUCAUUUAAUUAAGUUGGCAGCAAAAGAGAAGCCUCUGAGUGUCACAAAUACAUUCACAAUUUCAGGGAACUAAGCAUCCUCUGAUGAUUUUAUAUCUACUGUGAAACAAGUAUCCAAUACCACUAGCUCUGCACAUUCUCCUUACUAUUACCAUGUACCACCAAUGCACUGUUGUGUUGAUUGUGUCUCUUUCCCUCUUCUUUCACCGCUUAUGCAAUGACAUUUUGAGGCAAGAAAAGAAGACAAGAAAGCGAGGCGCGAAUGUUUUCCGAGGCCCACUUCCGUUUCCAAUCCCUCUCUCCUACAUCUAUGGACAGAUCAAGCUGAGUUGGAGUUGAUGAAACACAAAAGGGGGGGCUCUAGCCCCGUCAGCCCCCCUCUGCCUACGCCACUGCAAGAGUGCAUGAAUGUAGAUGUAACAUCUACAGUAUACAUCCUUUUGUUGAUUAGAACGAGUUUUUUGUAUUAACUUUUUCAUAUUCAGUAUUCACUUAUUAAUAUGACAGUUCAAAGGUAAAAGUGUGAAAAAGCAAAAAAUUUCGCCUCCGGCGAGGUGGGAGGGGGAUGCUCCCCCUUCCACACCCACCCCCGGGUGGCUCCGCCACCCUCGUACAGGGCUUUGCCCUCUCUACUAGCCCCCCCCUUUCAUUUUUCCUGGAUCCGCCCCUGGCCUUAGCUAGCUAGCUCGAUCAGUCUAAUAAGUGGGCGGGGCUCACCUGCUUGUGCAAUUAAUGACAUCAUUAUUAUUAUAAGCAUUGAUGUGCAGUGAGUUAGUGAAGCCAAAUUGAGAGCAUCCCCACAACAAUUUACAUGUACUUUUUCCCAAAAAUUCGACUCCUUUGGUGGCCUGCCAUUAGGCCUGUGCCAAAUAUUCUGGAAUAAUUUUUUGAAUAAACAAUUUGAAUAAUAGACACUGUGAAAACAGUUUAACGAUAUUCAUUGAGUUGCACAUGCGCAGUAGCUCAGAACACGCCUACAUUUUACAUGGCAGUAAACCUGAUGUUAGUCCAAUCAAUGUUGAGACCACAUUUUUUUUGUGCUAAAGUUUGUUAUUUCGCUGCUAAAAUAGGUGUUUAUUUCGCUGCAAUGUAUGUUAAAUAAUAGGUGACAUCAAUUUGAAUAAUAGGCUGAUAAAGUUGAAUAAAUAAUUUGAAUAAUAGGUGAAAAAAUUGGCACAGGCCUACCUGCCAUGCACUUGGGGCUAUAACACCCCCAUCAUGUUUUGUCCCUGAAAUGGAAUUAAGUUGGCACCUAUGCGUACCUCCCCUGCACAGUUCGAGUUCAUUAGGAAUCUAUACAUGGCAUUUUAUAUAGUGUUUGUGUGCUGUCUGUGAUGAUUAUGAUGCGAUCAAGUUCUAUUUAAACAAUUAAACACCGUUAAGCGGAUUUAGCCCAUACUGCACUGGUCUGCUGUCUAAUAUAUACUACUGCAUUACUGCUGCAUAGAGCUUGAGCUAUAGCUGCACCCAAGAGAAAACUAAGGUAACCGAACAGCUGACAUGAUUGUUUGAUACCUUCGAUAUAAGGCUAAUAAUCAAGCGCCCUGUGUGACUGUGCUCCCACACACACACAGUCAGCACGAGUGUAGAGUCACUGUAUCAACUGCUAUAUAGGAGUACAGAAAGGGGCCAGUCCAGAGAAGCUUAAGAAUUAAGGUGUAUCGGAAAAUGGCCUUGUGUUACCAUCCCGACAAGAACCAGGGCAAUCCAGAGGCAGAGGAAAUGUUCAAGGAGGUAAAUAAUGCGAAUGCCAGUUUGACGAAUAAAGCCUCGAAGAUCCACGUUGAGAAUACGUCUGAACAGAUCGAUAAGAAGUUCAAGGACGUGAAUAAUGCAAAUUCCAUUCUGACAAAUGAAACCAAAAAGAAGAUCUACGAUCAGUACUGGUCCAGGGGACUGUCCCUGGUGGAACAAGUUGGAGCGGAGAACCUUGCUGCGUAUAGGUUCCUGGAGAACAAGUGCUUCAAGGCGUGUGUGGCGAUCACUUGCCUCCUCACUGGCUGUUGCUUCUGCUGCUGUUUCUGUGGUUGUUGCUGUUGCUGCUGCCUUUGUGGUGCCUGUACACCAAAGAGAGACCCGGGGGAUGAGUGGGGUACGUGUGUGUGCAGUACUGGUGGUAUAUAUAUCUCCAACAGAAAAGAGCCCCAUCAUCCCCGAGGCAACAACUGGCAGAGAAGACAAACAAGAAAUAGAUGCUUAGUGAAAAACGGACAACAUACCAUUCUUGAUUCGAGAGACCAUCUCCACUGCACAGUGAACAUUGUAGCGUACCUCGUACUCAACAUCUGAAAACUGACAAAACACAAUUAUUGUUUCACAGCCUUAAAUAACUUACCAGUUUGGAGAGGGCUGUUAGUGUAUCUAAUUGAAGGAAUGUCUGCCGUCCAAGAGAAUGUUCUGUAUAAUUAUAUUGAAACGAUCAAUCAAGGAUAGCAAUCACGUAUCCCUAUAAUGAUUAUCAAUCACUCUCAAGUGAUCUAAUAUUCCCAAAAUGUACUAGAGAAGUCUAUUAAAUGAGCAACAUAACACAUGCAUAACUAGCCUCGAUCCCAGCUAGGCCGAGUUUUCGCUUUUAUAACGGUUAGGUGAACAACGUUAUAAAAGCGAAAACUCGGCCUGGGAUCGAGGCUAACACAUAACAUGUUCCCCCUAUGUGUGUUUCCUGUGUAGAUUGGUUCCGUGUGUACACUGACGGGAGGCCGGUGUGAUCGUGCAUCACUAUACAACAAGCUCCACCUACUCCUGCUCAGUCAGAUGA